AUACACAUACCCACUCAUGCAAGUUUACGAACAAAACGUUCAUACGCUAUUUUUAUUACAAUUUUUGUUGUUUAUUCGCUUUCUCAAAAAAUCAUGCAAAUAAAUAUUGGGUCAAUUCGAAAGUUUCCGCCGCUGACAUUUAAAUGUCAGUUGUAACUGAGCGUAGCUUGACAAGUGAAUCCAAUUGCAUUUUGUAGAUGUGACAUUUAGCAAUCUAACUCAGAGCAGAAAGAUUCAUUUUUCGUUCUGCGUCAUUGUUUUUGAAUCGAUUGAAAAUGGAUCGUGAUAAGGUGUUUUUUCGAGGGGCCCUUCUUUUCUUAUUUGAUUCGAAGAAAACUGCCGCUGAAGCUCAUCGAAUGCUGUCAGAUACUUAUGGCGAGCAAGCUCCAUCGGAACGAAGCUGCAGAGAAUGGUUUCAUCGAUUCAAAAGUGGUGAUUUUGACUUGAAAGACAAAAAACGUUCAGGUCGGCCAGAAGCGAUUGAAGAUGUCGAAUUGCAAGCAUUAUUGGAUGAAGACCCAAUCCAAACGCAAAACGAACUUGCAUUGCAGUUAAACGUCGGCCAAACAACCAUUUUCAGACAUUUGCACGCCAUGGGAAAGAAAAAAAAGUCAUAGCUAACGAUGGCGAAUACAUUGGUUAAUGUACAUUUUCAAUUUAUUUUGCAAUAAAUGUAUUUUUAGACAAAAAAAACGGCGGAAACUUUCGAAUUGACUCAAUGGAAAACUAUUUCCAAAUCUAAACAAGAAAUUUGGAACGAAUGAAAUAUUCAAAUCGAGAGAUAUUUGAGAUGGUUUGUGUGCGUGUGCUAGAUGCACAAUAAUUGAAAUAUACUGAAGAGAACAAUAGACAAAUUGCAAUAGACAUGCCGAAGAUUAUGAAAAGAAAAAAACACAUAAUGAUUUUACCGUUGCAAUUUUUCGUUUCUAUGGAAUUGCGAAACAGAAGAGAGAAACUAAAUUACGCUGAGGCUGGAUCGACAGAUUAUAAUGAUGAGCUUGAAUAUGGUUCAGAUCAACUAUCACCUAAUCUCGAAGAUGGUUUAGAUCAACCACCGCCUACCGAAAUUUCCAAAACUGAUGAAAAAGAGGAUGUUUCAGUGUGCUCAUCCAUUAGUUCAACACGAGAGCCGAAGCUUGGUAUUGAUAAUUCACAGCUGAUAGAACUCCGAAUCGGUCCCGUUAAUUGCCAAAGUAGUUCACAUCACCAAUAUUCUACUCAAGUAAGCAGACGUGCAAAUCUCAACUCAAAAAUCCAAUCGCCAUCGAUUUCAAGUUCAUCAAGCAGCUCGUCUCCACAACAUGAAAAUAGCAAAACGAGAAAACGAAAACAAACAAGAGAUGAGAUCGAAAAAAUGAAAGCAGAGUGGGAAAUCGAAAAAGAGCGAAAGGAAAUCGACCACAAGCAUAAAAUGGAACAGAAAAGAUUGGACCAUGAACUGUUGAUAGCAAAAAUGGAAAUGGAGCAUGAGCAAUGGAUGGCCAAAAUGGCGAAGAAGCAUAAGGAAGAGAUGGAAAAAAUUGAAAAAAAAGAAAAAAUAUUAAAUACAUUAAAAGUAAAUUGUCAAAAAUGUCAGAAAUAUGACAAAAGUAAUCAGAACAAGUGAGCCAAUUUUAAAAUUUAAAAAGAAAAUGUUCUAAAAAUGCCUUCAUUAUUCCGAACAAAAUAAUUAAGUAUCGUAUGAUUUUUCCUCUUAAAAUAAAUUUUCAUAAUAAAGAUACCAACUCAGAGAAA